ACUUACCCAUUCAGCCGUUGCCAAACGGCACUGUUAUUAACCACUAGCCUGAAUUUAAAAGCAGCCACAAUCGGCUAAACAAAUAUUGCGCAGGUUACUUGUUGCCUGGUUCACCUGCUUCGACUGAAUUGUGAAAUUUUUGCCUGGAAGAAAUGUCUGAAAUGGUUUCAAAGUUAACUGAGGAACAAGUAGAAGAUUUCCGGAAAGCGUUUUUACUCUUUGAUAAGGAUGGCAAUGGAAGAAUAACAGCGGAUGAAUUGAUUGACGUCAUGAGAUCGUUGGGUCAAUCUCCUACAAGCAGAGAAGUUGAAGAGAUGAUUAAAAAGGCUGACCAAGAUGGUGAUGGGUCCAUCGACUUUAUGGAGUUCCUUGAAGUCAUGGCGAAGAAGAUGGGUGAACACACAUUCGAGGAUGAUCUCCGUGACGCGUUCCAACUGUUCGAUAGAGAUAGUAACGGGUUCAUAUCCAAAAGGGAACUCACCUUUGUAAUGACCAGCCUGGGAGAACAAAUGUCUGAUGCUGCUGUGGAAAACAUGAUCAAAGAGGUCGACCUGGAUGGAGAUGGGAGAGUCAACUAUGAAGAAUUCAUCAGAAUAAUGAAGAAAUGAUUCGACGCUUAGGAGGCCAGUUUUCCAUUCACUUGUGAAUGAACUAGGUUUAGCACCAAAUCAUAGUACAAUUUAAUUUCUGCACGCGCUUUGAUUAGCUAACAAGCUAUGUUUUACUAGCAUCAGAGUUCCAAAACAUUGCAAUGUGUUUUACUGCAGUUCGCGCACGCUAAAUUUGUAUUAUCGGCUGCAGCAUCUCAAGAAGCCUUAACCAUGUAUUACACGUCAAAAAAUACCCCAGAGUUGAAGACGAAAAUUUAAGAAAUGUAGAAAACACUCGCUUGCCGCUCGUCAGUCUUUUAAAAACGUUCUCCUCGUUUCAAAGUCCCGUCGUGCUGUUCGUGAUGUAUGACCAAAUAACAAAGGGUUUAGGUAUCCUCUCUUUGUGAAUUUUUAUCACACUUAUUUAUGGAUAGGUUUUUUUCACUUUGUUUUGUACAACUAUGUUUACUGAUUAAGGCUGGUUUUCACUAGAACAU